UUCUUCGCAUCAAUUGAAGCGAACUACGGCGAGAACCCGUACCACAACGCCCAGCACGCGGCGGACGUUUCUGUUGCAGUACAUUUAUUUCUGUCAGAACACGACCUCAUGGAGACGCGCUUCGCCGACCCCGUGGCUUGUCUCGCGGUCUUAAUCGCGGGUGUCGUGCAUGAUUUUGCCCACCCCGGGACGACCAAUCAGCACGAGGUCAAGAUUGAUAGUAAGAGGCACAAGGCCUUUGGGGACGCGGGCAUCCUGGAAAAGUUCCACGUCCGGGCGGCCUUCGCGUUGAUGCGGCGGCCGGAGCUGAACAUCUUGGCGCCGCUGGAUCACGCGGGCUACGCGAGAGCGCGAAAGGCCAUCGUCAAAGCUGUAUUAGCGACGGAUCUGGGGCGGCACAUGACUUAUGUGGAAAGAUUGAAUGAGAUGGCCAUGCUCGAAGGAGCUAGGUCCCACGGCACGCGCGUGAACUCCGGUCAAGAAACGUGGACGUCGCCGUUUCUCGAUCCCGAGAAGUGCGGGCGGGACUUGGUGGCCGCCGUAGCUCUCAAAUUUGCUGAUUUGGGCCACGCCUGCAAGAAACGCGUGUUGCACGAGGAGUGGACGGCUCGCAUCACGAACGAGUUCUGGGCGCUCGGGGAGCGGGAGCGGAGUUUGGACGUGGCGAUCUCGCCCUUGUGUGAUCGAUCCACAGAUAUUGAUGUGGCCAAGUCGCAGGUGGGCUUCUUCUCGUUCAUCUGCAUGCCGUUUUAUACCGUGGUG